AUGAUGAUGAUGAUGAUGAUGAUGAUGAUGAUGAUGAUUAUGAUGAUGAUGAUGAUGAUGAUGAUGAUGAUGAUGAUGAUGAUGAUGAUGAUGAUGAUGAUGAUGAUGAUGAUGAUGAUGAUGAUGAUGAUGAUGAUGAUGAUGAUGAUGAUGAUGAUGAUGAUGAUGAUGAUGAUGAUGAUGAUGAUGAUGAUGAUGAUGAUGAUGAUGAUGAUGAUGAUGAUGAUGAUGAUGAUGAUGAUGAUGAUGAUGAUGAUGAUGAUGAUGAUGAUGAUGAUGAUGAUGAUGAUGAUGAUGAUGAUGAUGAUGAUGAUGAUGAUGAUGAUGAUGAUGAUGAUGAUGAUGAUGAUGAUGAUGAUGAUGAUGAUGAUGAUGAUGAUGAUGAUGAUGAUGAUGAUGAUGAUGAUGAUGAUGAUGAUGAUGAUGAUGAUGAUGAUGAUGAUGAUGAUGAUGAUAAUGAUGAGGAUGAUGAUGAUUAGUGG